UCUAGUACUACCAGUACCACAUUAUUAGUCAUAACAGCUAAGGAAAGCUUAGGAAAGGGAAAGGUAACCUCAGUACCAAAAACCUAAGCCUAACGUACGUGCCAACUGAGGUGCUCCUAAUUCCUAAGACUCUUCCCUUCUUUCUUCCUUUCUUUCUCUCUUUCUGCUCUUCUUCAGAACAACUCAGAAUUCAGAAGCAAAAUUUGCUAGCGCUCAGUACCAUGUACACACCCAAACACCAUAUACUACUUAUUAGUUCAGUACUUAUACUGUUAAUCUAUUCUAGGUGCGUGGUUUCUUUCAACUUUUUAAACUGUAGCUUAAUGCUAAGUGUUUGACACUUUCACAGUCUAUUCUUGAGCUGCCGGUGGAGGCAACAAAUUCCUCUUUUGUUUAGAUCUCCGCUUGCGUUCUUGAGUUUUUGGCAGCUGGGCUUUGUGGGUAUUUUGUGAGAAGCUACGGCAGAUCUGGGUUUUCCUAUUGGAAUUGAGAGUUGAGGUUAAGAUAUUGUUGGAUAGGGUUUAUCCUAGAAAGCGAAGCAAAGAAAGAGAGGUAUUGAGUGAGGGUGAGAACUGAGAAUUGAGGAAGAAGGCAAAAGAGUAUUGGGUAGCUGGUUGUGGUUGGUUGGGGCCGGGUGAUUUUCCGUUUUUGGGUACAAGAAGUUUGGUCCAACAUACGCUUUUGGAGUUUCUCUGUUGGAUUUAGGGGUGUAUUUAUUAGAUCUCGUAUUUGCACAUCCAAAAAAAUAAAAAAAGCAAGGCAAAGAAGAAACCAUUUGCUAUUUGCUAUUUUUCAUUUCCACUAGUAGACCAAUGUAACGGAUGCGGCCAAUCCAAAAAGCAAUUUUGGCUGUUUGUUUGUUGAUACAUUGUGGAAGAGAACAAGGUCAAGCAAGUGUUAGCAGCUAGCUUAGCUCAGUUCCGUUUCUUGAUAAAGAAAAAAGCGUUAUCUUGGGCUCCGACCACAUUCUUGAAUAGUUAGAAAAUCUUUCUCCCUGAAGAACGAAGCAUGGCGAACAGGUGGUGGGCUGGAAACGUGGCUAUGAAUCCGUUAGUAUCACCAUCGACUCCAUCUCCUUCUCUUCACCUAAGAAACAGUGCUACUGCAGAAGAUGAGAAUGCUGCUGGGCUAAACAGGCUUGGACAGCAAAGGAGAGACCAAGACUUCUUGGAUAACACUACAACAACCACCACCACCACCACCAAUACCACUGCCACUAACAGCAGCGGAAGCAACAAUAACCCUGAUGAAGAAGAUAGCCGGGAAAAUGAGCCCGAAGCUGAGGAAAAUCCCGGAGCACUUGAAAUCUCUGAGCCGGGUAGCGGCGGUGGAAGUUCUGGAAGGCGACCUAGAGGCAGACCACCCGGCUCGAAAAACAAGCCAAAGCCGCCCAUUGUGAUAACAAAAGAAAGUCCUAAUGCUCUCCGAAGCCAUGUGUUGGAAAUAAGCAGUGGGAAUGAUGUUGCUGAGUGCAUUGCUGCCUAUGCCCAACGGCGCCAUCGGGGCGUCUCGGUUUUGAGUGGAAGUGGUAUUGUGACGAAUGUGACUCUGCGGCAACCGGCUGCACCUGGUGGGGUGAUAACCCUUCACGGGAGAUUCGAGAUAUUGUCUUUAUCAGGUGCAUUCUUGCCUGCUCCUUCCCCUCCUGGAGCUACUGGUUUGACAGUGUACUUAGCGGGCGGUCAAGGGCAAGUUGUUGGUGGAACAGUUGUUGGUCCCUUGAUGGCAUCUGGGCCGGUAAUGGUUAUAGCUGCAACGUUUACAAAUGCAACUUAUGAGAGGUUACCUCUGGAGGAGGAACCAGCCGGUGAAGGGAUUCAAUUGCAGGCAGCAUCAGUAGUUAAUACUGGAACUAUCACUGGUGCUUCUUCAGCUUCUCAAUCUCAUGGUAUGGCUGAUCCUGCAUCCUCUAUGCCUUUAUUCAAUCUACCACCUAAUAUGCUUCCCAAUGGCCAAAUGGGUCACGAGGUCUUUUGGACUACUCCUCCUCCUCGCCCCCCACCAUCUUAUUAAGGUCAAAUGAAAAGUGGUAGAUGAACUAUACUUACUAGUCACUUGUUUGUUCUCGAGCUCUAGGUCUCGUAAACUUAGGAAGUAGUAGCAAGGUUAGUUUUUACUUGACCCUUUUGUAUUCCUUGUGAAUCGCAUUUUCCAAUUGGAUAUUUAGGUUGAUGGAUG